AUGGUUGAAUUCCCUGAUAUUUUUUCCUAUGCACAUUCAAUUAUUGCAUUCAUGGGAAUGUCAUUCAAUAUUCUGUUGAUUUAUUUGGCAUUAUUCAAAACUCCGCGAGUUAUCCGAUCUUAUACAACUUUGAUUAUCAAUUUUGCGUUGACCGAUUUUUUUGCGUGCUUUUUCGAUUUUUUUGUUCAACAAAGAAUUAUUCCCGCCGGUAAGACAUUGGGAUAUAUUUCAAAUGGUUUCUGCAAAUAUCUUUCACCUGAAGCCUGUUAUGUUGGGUAGGUUAAUUUGUAGGCUGUAAAUCACCCAAAUGUGUUUUUCAGAUACAGUUUGAUGCUUCAUUUUCUCUCUCAUUCCCUUUGGUCCCUCCUUCUCUCAUUUUCAUAUCGAUAUUAUAUUUUAUUCCGUCCAGCACCAGAGAGAAUAACAAUUGUUCUUGUACUUCUCCUAGUUUAUUCACCCUCCCUUCUUCAAUGGAUCUCAUUUCUCUGGGCUCAAGAUGAACCUUCUGAAAUUGCUGAAAUCCUUCAUGUCAGAUUCCCAAAUUACACUUUAGAAGGGCAUGUUGUAACUGGUACCAAGAAUAUUCUUUCAUUCAGUGCUUUGUAUACAAUUCUUCAUAUGACUGUGCCAAUUACUCCGGUCUAUAUUUGUAUUCUGAUUUUGCGUCGAAAAAUUAUCAAUCGAUUGUCGUUUCAAGGAGUGAAUGUUACAAAAGAUACCAAGAACUUGCAUGCACAAUUAUUAAUGGUUAGUAAUUUUUGAGCUUUUUGCUCUUGAUUUUUCUGAAUAAGUUAAACAGAGAAGCCAUAGAACUGGGGAAAUUGAAUUACAUUCGUGUAAUUGUUUCAGGCGCUGACAUAUCAAGCAAUAAUCCCAGGUUUCUAUUUGUUCAGUGUUGGUUCUUAUGCUCUCGGUCAAUUUGGAAUCUACAAUCAUCCAGCUCUUGAAUAUUUCACAUUUUCUUCAUUUCUUUUCAUUCCAUUUUUAUCUCCUCUUGCUUCUUUUAUUUUUGUAACCCCUUACCGUAAUUUCAUUCUUCGCAAAGUUCAUAAGAGUUCAUCAAAAACUGAUGUUUCAUCAACACAACCACAUAAUGAUCAAACUAUUGCGUAUAUUGGAUAA